UCUGUCAAACGUCAAACGUCAAACCUAAAUAUAAUUGUUUUUUAGUUAAACAAACUGUGGGAAAUCUUACAUCUACAUCGCAAACUAGUAUGGACUCUAUCAAUCUUACGUGUGAAAAAUGCUCGAAAGCGUUCAGCAGAAAGGAUAAUUUAGGCAAGCAUAUGAAGAUUUGCAAAGGAGCCCUCAACUCCAAUCAACCUGAAACAAAAAAUUUAGAGAAGACCUCUCUGAAAAGAACAAGCUCUCCCACUAACAUCAAUCAGGCAGAGCCAGAGUCUUCGGUGCCAAAGAGAGCUAGACUUGGUUUCAAUAACGAACACUUGGUAAUGCAGGAGGAAGGUGUUUACUUAGUUAAAACCUCAUAUAAAAACCGAAUUGCUACAUAUCGGUUUUUAUCGAAAAAAGAUCCUAUCAGCGUUAAUGAUUUUUUAGCUAAUCUCCGUGAAAAAAUCAUUGCGCUGGUAAGAUGCCAAAUCGAAAGAUUUGGUAAUGUGAAAGUCGGUAUGGAGCUUUUCGGGCGUUUCCUCCUGUAGACAAAAGAAGUGGAGGAAACCAAGUCCUUUGGCAGCCGAUUUAGGGGAGCAAGCCAAGGCACCGAUUUGGAGGAGCUGUUUGAUCAGUUCACCACUAUCAUUAAGCGGAGAUUCCAGGAGUUUAAUGAAAAAGAUAGUGGUUGGACUCUUCAGCAACUCCUCCACGUAGAUGUAAGGGUAAAUAAAAUCAAUCCACUAAAAGCCUCAUCUUACAUACCAUUACCGAAGGAAAUAGAAGCGAAAAAAGCUGUAUUGAACAUACAAAACACUGACCAGAAAUGUUUUGUAUGGUCGGU